AUGAGCAAUCCCUAUGAUAUAGAUCCAGAUCAAGUGAAACUUCCGCACAAGGCAAAUACCCCAUCACUAAAGUUUUGUUCCAAAUCUAUUGCAGAUACAGCAUCAGAGCUAGCUACAGACCUAAAGCUAGGGUUGAGUAGCAAUCAAGAUGUAUUGAAUCGAAGAUCGAUAUACGGGGCAAAUGAAUUGAAUAGUGAUGAUGAUGACAGUUUAGUAUGGAAGUUUAUUUCAUCGUUUUAUCAAGAUCCAUUAAUCUUGUUAUUGAUUGGGUCGGCCGUUAUCAGUUUUUGGAUGGGUAAUAGGGAUGACGCCAUUAGUAUAACAUUGGCGAUCACGAUUGUUGUCACUGUAGGUUUUGUUCAAGAGUACAGAUCAGAAAAAUCAUUGGAGGCGUUGAAUAAAUUAGUUCCAGCAGAGGCCAAGUUGACUAGAAACGGUAAUACAUCACACGUGCUAGCAUCAACUGUUGUUCCUGGCGAUUUGGUGCAUUUUGCACAAGGAGACAGAAUACCGGCAGAUGUAAGAUUAACUGAGGCUGUGUAUUUGAGUAUCGAUGAGAGUAAUUUGACGGGGGAAAAUAGACCAGUGAAAAAGACCAUUGAUGAAGUUACCAUGAGAGACCCACCAGUGAAUGAAAGAACGGAUAUUGCUUUUAUGGGCACGUUGGUGAGAGAUGGUCAUGGAAGUGGUAUAGUUGUCGGAGUUGGUGCACAAACCGUAUUUGGUACUGUUUUUGAGAUGAUGAGUGAGAUUGAAAAGCCCAAAACUCCAUUGCAACAAGCAAUGGACAAAUUGGGUAAAGAUUUGAGUAUAUUCAGUUUCGUUGUCAUUGGUGUGAUUUGUCUUAUUGGGAUAUUCCAAGGGAGAUCGUGGCUUGAUAUGUUUCAGAUUUCGGUGUCGUUGGCUGUAGCGGCUAUCCCUGAAGGUCUACCUAUCAUUGUCACCGUAACUUUGGCAUUGGGUGUAUUGAGAAUGGCUAAACAAAAGGCAAUUGUUAAGAGAUUACCAAGUGUUGAAACAUUGGGUUCAGUUAAUGUAAUUUGCUCAGACAAGACGGGGACAUUAACACAAAAUCAUAUGACAGUGACGAAAAUAUGGACUGCUGAUUUCAAAGGUAGUUUCAAUACACCAUUUCUUGUUGUUGAAAAACUUGACGAUAAUGCCUUGCAUCACCAAUUGACUGAUAACAUGAGAAAAGUAUUGGAGUGCGGUAAUAUUUGUAACAAUGCGCGGUACUCAUCCGAAAGUGAAAAAUACGUGGGAAAUGCCAGUGAUAUUGCCUUGCUUGAAUGCUUGCCUCAUUUUGGACUAGAAGAUAUACGUGGGCAAAGAGAGAGGGUGUAUGAAUUGCCAUUUUCUUCAGCUAAAAAAUACAUGGCCGUUUGCGUGCAUAGAGGUGAUAUGGAUAAGCCAGAGACAUUGGCAAAGGGGGCAACAGAAAAGAUAUUGGCUCAUUGUACGAAAUAUUACGACGAGCAUGGCCAAACCAAACCUAUAACUGGUGCGAUAAAAGAGCUUAUUCAUGAAAAGUCGAAAGUGUUGGCUCAUGAUGGGUUGCGAGUUUUAGGGUUUGCACAAAACAACAAGAAGUUUAUCAAUGAAAAAGAUGAACAUAGCGAACCAGAAGAAUUGAUAUUCUGUGGUUUAAUUGGUAUGAAAGAUCCACCAAGACCCAAUGUUGGUAAAUCUAUUUCCAUGUUGAUGAAAGGUGGAGUUCAUGUCAUUAUGAUUACUGGAGACUCUCCCUCUACUGCGGUAAACAUUGCCAAGCAGAUUGGUAUGCCGAUAACGGGAGAUCGUUCAGUGAUGACCGGCGACCAAAUCGAUCAACUCAAGGAAGGCACCCUAAGUGAGGCUAUACACAAUGUAUCUGUUUUUGCAAGAACAACGCCUGAGCAUAAAGUCAAGAUUGUUAAAGCGUUACAGCGAAGAGGCGAUAUUGUUGCCAUGACUGGAGACGGUGUUAAUGAUGCACCGGCAUUAAAGUUGGCUGAUAUUGGUAUUGCCAUGGGUAAGAAUGGAACUGACGUGGCCAAAGAAGCAGCAGAUAUGGUUUUAACUGAUGACGACUUCAGUACUAUAUUGAGUGCCAUUGAAGAAGGUAAAGGUAUAUUCAACAAUAUUCAAAAUUUCAUCACUUUCCAAUUGAGUACCAGUAUUGCUGCAUUGACAUUGAUAGCAUUGAGUACGUUUUUCGGAUUGCCUAAUCCAUUGAAUGCUAUGCAGAUUCUUUGGAUCAACAUCUUGAUGGAUGGACCACCGGCACAAUCAUUGGGAGUUGAACCAGUGGAUCAUGAAGUUAUGAAUAAACCACCAAGGAAAAGAAAUGACAAGAUUCUUACUACGCAUUUAAUAAAACGCGUAUUGCAAUCAGCCACCAUUAUCAUUAUUGGAACGUUGUACAUUUUCGUAAAAGAAAUGAAGGAUGAGCAAAUCACCGCUAGAGACACAACAAUGACUUUCACCUGUUUUGUAUUGUUUGACAUGUUUAAUGCAUUAUCGUGUCGCCAUUACUCGAAGUCGAUUUUUGAAUUGGGAUUGCAUAAUCAAAUGUUUAAUGUUGCCGUGUUGGGCUCAUUAGUUGGGCAACUUUGUGCUGUUUAUGUACCAUUUUUCCAAGGCAUUUUCCAAACUGAAGCGUUGAGCUUGGGGGAUAUUUUGCAUUUGUUGUUGUUGACAAGCACGGUUUUCAUUGCUGAUGAAGUGAGGAAAUUCUUUGUUAGAAGGAGAACAGUUACUACUAAUAAUUACAAUUUUGGAGUAUGA